AAAGCGCUGCGUGGAGAGCAGAAUGUGAUUUCCCACACCGCAUUGGGCCAGCCCGUGCACGUGUGGAGCUUCAAGCUAUCCUUGGCCGCAUUUUCUCUCACCUCCCAUUCCAUCCUUUCGCUUCUUCCACACAACCGCUCCCAACUGUUGUCAUUGGUCCCAUCCGUCAAUGGCGGAUUUUUCAUAAACCUUACUGAGUCUCAGAACCAGGAUGGCCUCGACAGCGGAGACCACGCCGCUCCUUUCACAACAGCAGCAGCAGCAGCAACCACCGCCGCCCAAUACGUCACCGAGAUCCCGCCCACCGAGGACAGUGACCUUCAACCCAACAGCGACUGUCAGUACAUACCAUGAUGCAGCCUCUGCGGACCCUUCGUUCAUGCCGCUACACGCUGGCUCCUCUUCGGUGUCCAAUACGCGAGGACCGAGCGGACUGUCUGCCUUGAACAGCAAACUCCGUCGUCGCAACAGCCACGGAGGAACCUCUUACAGCACGUCGUAUCCAGCCCCAACGUCGGCUCCCAAAGUCGGACCCCAACGGACGACGAAGAAGGCACAGAAGCUGAAACUUCUCCCCGAUCCGAUCACCGAGGAGGAAAUUUUGGAAGGCGAUACCCCGUCCGAUGUCUAUUCGCAGAUCACUCGUAUCAAGGAACCCACGGCCCGGAGUCAUGCGGCACGCUUAGGAAAGGCAGACAGGGAUCGGGUGCCCCGUGUAACGGCGUACUGUACCGCCAAUUCGUACCGAUUGGAAGGGGUGAUCCGGUUCCUGAAGUCACGGGCCAAGACCCGCGGGGCCAACCCGAAACUGUUCGACGAGUGCGUGUAUUCAUCUUACGAUUACGACUAUGAAAAUAAGCAGAAGGGGAUACGGAGGAUGGCCGAGGAGAACGCGGGCGCUCCCGAAAGGCCGCCCAGUGAACGACGAUACUCGGACAGCGCCGUCGAAGUAAACGACACGAAUAAUGUUCGACGAGAGAACCUAAUUGAUUUUCAAGAUUCGGUAGCCCACCCGGAUGGGCCAGCGACCUCUGAAACCGCAGUCUCAUCAGCGCACGAUGCAGGGACGCCUGAUUUCGACACCACGAUCCACACCCCAGAAGUCUUCCUUUUCGACUACGGCACGGUCGUCAUAUGGGGCAUGUCGCCCGCGCACGAGUCCCGCUUUCUCUCCGACAUCUCCAAAUUCGCAACCUCCAUCCUCAGCCCGGAAGACACGCAGAUCGAACAUUUCAACUUCUACUACGCCCGCGAGUACCAAGCCCGGAUAUACAAUGACUUCAUCUCGCUCCGUGACCCGCGAAAUUACAUGAUCAAGCUCGCCAUCUCGCACGCGCUCGCACAGUCCGUGAAAACAUCCCUCUUCGAAGAUCUGGUGUCCGAGACCAUCUCGAACACGGCACCUCUCCCGGCGCAGAUCGCCCAAACAGGCAGCGUCAACCUCACCCGACGCCAGAUCAACAUGCAGAUCGGAGAGCUAUUCAUCCUGCGGAUCAACAUCCAUCUGCAGGGGUCCGUCCUCGACAGUCCGGAACUGAUGUGGGCCGAGCCGCAGCUGGAGCCGGUGUAUCAGGCAGUGCGCAGCUACCUGGAGAUGGACCAACGAGUCAGUCUGUUGACGGAGCGGCUGGACGUGAUUGCGGAUCUCCUGGCGGUGUUGAAAGAUCAGUUAACUCACCGCCACGGAGAGUAUCUCGAAUGGAUUGUAAUCGUUCUCAUUGCGGCAGAAAUCCUCGUCGCAGGAAUUAACAUCGUCGUUGAUCUCUAUGCGGGUGUUGAAUAGAAACGUCACUAAUGGGUUUACGCUGUCGAACAUGCUACGGCACUUUCUUUUUUUUCCUCAUCGUUCUUCUUCAUUUACUAUCGGGCAGACUGUUUCAUUCUUUUCCCCCCAUUCAUUUCUUUUCUAUUUCCCCCCCAUCUGUCUAUUCUUCCUACGGAGUUGGGUACAGCGCGGGCAGGCUUGCAUCAUCAUCCAACACCACACAUCACACAUCGAAAAAUUGCCAUCACUCCAUACACAACACUUGCAGCAACAGCAACAGCAACAACAGCAAAACAACAUUCCAUGUAUCAUAUAAUUUCUACCAUGUUAAUAUGGAGAAUCGAAAGG